AUGGACUCCGUCCAACAAAUGUCUCAUUCCGGGAAGAGGAAUUUAGUGAAGCCUGAAGGUAUUGAGAGAGUGUUGAGAGAAGUUUUAUCAGAAGAAGAGGAAAAUGAAUCAGAUAUUAGUGAAUUAGAUACAGAAGAGGAAGUUAUUGAAGAAGAAAACCACGACAGCGAAUCUGAGCAGUCAGUAGAAAAUUUUCAUGCAGAGAUUAGAGAUGAAGGGGAGCGACAAGACAGUGAUGAUUACAAAUUUUACAUUGGAAAAGAUGGGGAAACAAUUUGGAUGAGUAAACCGCCUGCCUCUUCUUCGAAAACUAAGGCAAAAAACAUAAUAAAAAUUUUACCAGGGCCUAAAAUGGCUGCUAAAAAUACUAGAAGGGAAAUAGAUGCUUUUCACUGUUUGUAUGAAAUGAUCGAUAAUAUUGUGAUAAAUACUAACAGAUAUAUUGAGAAAAAGAGGGUUGAAGUGCAAUAUGAAAGACCUAGGGAUUGCAGAGACACAUCAAGAGCAGAGAUAAAGGCUCUCUUAGGUGCCCUGUACUUAAUUGGUGUAAAAAAGGGAGGACACACGAACUGCUGUGAGCUCUGGGAUUCAGAUGGAACAGGAAUGACAAUAUUGCGAACCCUCUUCAGUUAUAAGCGCUUCCGCUUUUUGCUUCGUGCCCUUAGGUUUGACGACUUAGAUACCCGGGAUCAGAGGAAGGAAGCAGACAAAUUAGCUCCUAUACGAGAUUUUCAUCAAGAAUUUGUCAACAACUGCAUUGCCUAUUACAACGUAAGUGAGUUUGUGACUAUUGAUGAAAUGCUUCAUCCUUUCAGAGGUCGCUGUGGGUUUGUACAAUAUAUUCCUAACAAGCCUGCGAAGUAUGGACUCAAAAUGUAUGCUCUUUGUGACGCAAAGACAUUUUACACACUAAACUUUGAAGUUUAUUGUGGAAAGCAAUUGCCCGGACCCUAUGUUAAAUCAAAUAAGCCUGAAGAUAUUGUGACAAGGCUAAUUGAACCUAUAGAGAAAACAAAAAGAAACCUCACCACUGAUAAUUAUUAUAGUAGCUACCCCCUUGCAGAAAAACUACUGGAGAAAGGAUUGACAUUUUUAGGUACUAUGAAAAAGAACAAAAAAGAAAUUCCUCCAGAAUUCUUGGAAAACAAAAAUAGAGAUGUCAAAUCAUCUCUUUUUGGUUUCCAACAUGACUUCUGUUUGUCUUCAACGGUGCCUAAGAAGAAUAGGAUUGUGAUUUUCCUUUCAACGAUGCAUAGUACACCUGAUAUAGACCAGGAAAGUAAGAAAUCUAUAAUCAAUUUGGAUUAUAAUGCGACUAAAGGAGGCAUAGACACCGUUGAUCAGAUGUGCUCAGUUUACUCCACUUCUAGAAUAACUAGACGUUGGCCACUUGUUCUAUUUUACAGACAUAUCGACAUUGCUGGCAUUAAUGCCAAUGUUAUUUUCAAAUUUAACAACCCAGAAAUGACAGAACAAAGAAGGCGCCAUUUUUUGAAACAUCUUGCCCUUGAUUUGAUGGAAGAACAUUUGAAACAAAGAGCAUCACUAAAAACUCUUCCUGAAGAUAUUACGGCUUUCUUGCAAAAGUAUGCAAACAAUGAAGAGCAGCCCCAAGAACCAGCAAAACCAGGAAUUUGUUACAUUUGUGGUAGGCAUAAGAACAAUAGGACAAAAUGUGUGUCAAAAUUGCAGUUUAAAUGUUUGUAA